UCAUAUUCUUGGCAAAACGCCUGAAAUCGAAUAUCUUUUCCAUGAAGUUUUGACAUCACGAGUAUUGAUGAAUGACAGCUAGCCAGAUUAAUUCUUUUCUACUCGCGUCUUGUUAUAAAAACACACAGUCCUGUUCUGUUAUCAGGAAUCUUCGAGUGUCAGUGUUCCUUAUAUUUAGUUCCUGGUCGACACGAGUUUACAGCAGCAGCGCCAGCCAAGUAAGACUCAAAAAAAUUUUUUCCACAUUAUCGUCCUCGUUUGUUUUUUCUCUUAUAAACAGCGUAGAAGACUACAUUCUACACGUGAUGGAAAUGGAGUGUACGACGAAUAUGAACGUGAGUUCCCUCACAAAACUAUUACCAACCACACCGUAUCGGCAUGGAAGUACAAUGUCAGCAGCAGCAAUGCCCCUUCUACCUUCCUCUCCGCGAUACUCUUUCUCCUUCAACGAACUCUACCACAUUCUGUACUUGCAACAAGAGGUGGAGGUUAUCAAGAUGGAUGAUAUCAAACAAAGCGGYUGCACAGACAAAAACACAUCUACAAAAACAAAGGAAUCUGUAGCAACUUGCGAGGUCUGCCGAGGGCAACCCAAGGCAGAAUGUGUGGAACACGGAGCGCUUUCUUUACCAAGGAAAUCAAUAAAGCCUUCAGUGCUCAAGGACAUCAAACUAACCUAUGCCAUCUCGUCCUUUCCUGACGAAGUUCAGCUUUGUUGUUCGAGUAUUCCUGGAGCGGGUUAUGGCGUGAGUGCCAAGCAGCACAUUCCUAUCGGCACUUGGAUCGGUCCUUACGAAGGAAAACGAAUAAGACCCGAAGAUAUCACGAAUGACAUGGAUACAAGUUAUAUGUGGGAGAUAUUCCAAGACGGCAAACUGAUCUGUUAUCUGGACGCAAGUGACGAGAACACGUCCAGUUGGAUGCGGUUCAUUCGCUGUGCUCGGCACCGAGAUGAGCAGAACCUGUACGCCUUCCAGUAUUGCGGCAACAUUUAUUAUCGUGCCUUCAGAAACAUCUCAGUAGGACAAGAGCUGUUGGUCUGGUAUGAUGACAAGUACCAGCAACACAUGGGAUUACCUCUGAAUAUCCAGGAUAUGGCCGUGGUUGACCCUAAUGGGAACAAUCUUCUAUUUGAUCGGAUGGCCUGCAAUGUUAAGCCGCCUCUCAGCGGAUGUCCCCAAGAGACCUCACCUGUCAAACCCGUCACGCAAUCCAUACCUGUGCCUGUCACACAACACACCCCAGUUCAUGUUUCCCCGCAAGUGUCUGUAGAUUUCACUGGUCAACAUUUCGUUCCCAUGAAAACUCCUCAACAACGUCCCGUGAAUAUUGUGCAUCGUAUGGCCAAUGUACCACCACGUAGAACGUUACCAGUCACGCAAUCGCCAGUGAAAGUAACACAACAUUCACCGAUCAAUGCUGUUCAUCCAAUGCCUGCUGUUUACCCACAAAAAUAUCCAUCAGGAGUAAUAUCAGGGCCAAUCAAAAUUUCUGCAAAUAAGGCAUUAACCCAGAGUACGUUUGCAGUCACGCCAAGAAUUCAUAACUCAGUCACGCAUUCUGUAACACAACCGACAUCACAGACCAGACUUCUGCCUUCACCGAAGAGAACGCAUUCGUUUCAGGACCAUCGUGUUUCUCCGCCAAAAGAAAUAAAAAUUGUUCACUCGGUGCAUAGUGCGCAUGCUCAUCAUGUACAUAUGAACGUCGCUGACAAAGCAUUACCUUCUCAAGAGCCGAAAAGUAGCGAACGUGAAAAGAGCCCGCCACAUCCUUGGAACAUUACACCCACAAAUGGCGAAUUAGUGGUUGCUAAUGACACUAAUGAUGAUGAUCAACUGGAUCUGACCGAAGAAUCCGAGUUGAGCCUGUGGAAAUGCGGUCAGUGUCAGCGGUCAUUCACACAACGAGCUCUCUUACAAAUACACAUUUGUCCUGGAAUGGCUAACAGACCCUACAAAUGUGGACACUGCGCAGACUCGUUUUCCAAAUCAAGCGAGCUGCGCACGCACGUGGUAAGACAUACCAAUGAAAAGCCAUUUAAGUGCGGGUACUGUUCGCGUUCGUUUGCUGGAGCAACUACUCUGAAUAACCAUAUACGCACGCACACUGGUGAAAAACCAUUUGUGUGUACUAAAUGUAAAAAGAUGUUUUCCACGGCAUCUCAGCUAAGCAGACAUCAAAGAAUACCAGCGGAAUGCAUUUAAUUUGGUGUCUCAGUUACUUUUAUAUAUUAGAGGGAAACUUGCUGGGUUACUGUUAUAACAGGGAAAGUUGCGUUACUUCUGUUUGAACCAAUCAAAAUGCAUUUAAAGAACAYACCAUCCAAUCGCAUUUCUUGGCUCGAAUUCGAAAGUCAUUUCAUUGCCAUACUGCAUUUUGUACUGCUCUAUCAAAGAUGUACAGACUUCUUGUUUAAUAAUAUAUGCAUUAAACGUUCCAGGCAUAUAAUACGUUUGACUAAGAUGAGGUUUUUAUAAGUCGGUAUAGCCACUUAACUUCGACUAAAUCUCAGACUCAUUAGAGAAUCCAGGGAUGGUUUAAUGGGUUCCAUGGAACCCCCCUUUAAUAUUUUUUUACGCUCUGCAGAAUGACAUUGAUAAAAAAUUAGGCCUUGUCCAUAAAAUGAAGGAAAUAUGCAGAAAAAAGUAUUUCGGAAACACCCCUUUAUAAUCCUGGGACUGACAAGCCCUUUUGAUAACCAGUUAAUAUAAGACGUGACACGUUGGUGUUGAAUAGAUAAUGGCAUUAAAAUAAAAACAAGUUAAAAGUUGUCUUUUUUUUAAUCAAAGUUGAUAAUGAAAGUAAAAAAUAAAAAGUCACAGCCAUAAAAAUGAAA